CACAAUGUAAGGAAAAAAGAAAAUACACCUUUCUAGCCAUUGGGUGAGAGGGUUUGUAUGUUAAUUGCCAGUAUAUAAUGGGUUCAAAAUUCUCUUGGAACAGCAUUGAGUUGACAUCUGAGCAGUGAAGUAAACAUGGGGAAGGUAAAGAUUUUCUUUUUUGGUUACCCAAUUAGUACCAAAACUGACUCAACAAUGAAUGCAUAGCCAUUGAACAACGUGAUUCAUAAAUUAUCACUAGACCCGACAUUCUCAGAUAAGAGAUCAAGAACCUGCACUGGUAAAGGAUUUAGCCAGCUGUGUUCCAAAUAGAAUGUGUUGGUAUUCCUUGAGGUUAGGUUUGAUAAGUAACGCUUUAGAUCAAGGAUGCCUUGAAGACCAAUCUUCAUUAAAAAAACUAUGUUCAUAUGUAAAUUUAGUGUUUGUUUUCCACAUUUGUUUUCCUGCAGAUCACUUUUUAUGAAGACAGGAACUUUCAAGGGAAGUCCUAUGAGUGUUCUGGUGAUAACGCUGACCUACAUUCAUUUUUUGCCCGCUGCAAUUCCAUCCGUGUAGAAAAUGGCUGUUGGGUGAUCUAUGAACGCUCCAACUAUAUGGGACAUCAAUACUUUCUGAAGAAGGGGGAAUACCCAGAUUACCAGAGCUGGCUGGGUUUUAAUGACUGCAUAAGAUCUUGCCACUCAAUCCCACAAGUGAGUCAAACAAGGAUGGGUUUGGAAUUUAUGUUAUCGGCUUCAGCUUUGCUCAUUUUGUAAGAAUUCCUUGAAUUUCUGGUAUGGCAAUAUUAAACAAAAAGGGAUAGAAUAAAAAAAAAAGGAAAAAGAAGAAUGUGGAUUUUUGUAUCAUACUUUAUUUUUAAAUCUUUGAAAAUGUGGGUCCAAAUUAUGAAUCCAGUUUAUUAUGGAUAAAGUAUGCCUAUAAUUACAUAUAAAAACUCUCAUUUCGGCACUGUAUAUUAAAUACAGUACAUUUCAAAUACUUACUAACACGCUAUUAUAAAAGGGGUAGCAAAUACCAUAUGCGAUAAUUUUUAAUCAAUUCCUCACAACAUUCGUUGAUAGUAAUUUAGUUUUCAUUAUCAAUUGAAUGUUCAUGUGAUAAUAGUGAAUAGUGAAGUUUUUAUUUUUUAUUUUUUCUUCAAAUAUCAAUAAAGGAGAAAUAAUUGAUACAAAACCCAGAAACGUCAUUUGUUUUUAAUAAACAUGAUUACACAAGUCACUCCCAGAAUGAUAGUUUGUUUAAGUCCUUAGCAUUAUUAUUGGAUUUGUUUUUAUAGCAAGAAAUGGUUAUAGUAUAGAAUGGUAAGCAAAAAUAAGAAAAUAGACAGUACAAAUGAGCUGUCUUUGAAAUCUUGAUUAUGCUAAUUUAAAACAAGUUAUUUUUUUCUCCAAUUAUUAAAUUUCUCCUCUAUUCACCUCCGAUACAGCACCAUGGACCUUACAGAAUAAGGCUCUACGAUAGAGAGGAGUUCCGUGGUCAGAUGAAAGAGUAUGUUAACGACUGCUCUAACAUCUUUGAGAGUUUCAAUGCACGUGAUGUCCUGUCCUGCAAUGUUCUGGAUGGCUAUUGGAUCUUCUAUGAGGAAUCUGGCUUCAGAGGAAAUCAGUACUUCCUGAGACCUGGUGAAUAUAGGAGAUACACCAAUUGGGGAUCCACAAAUCCUAAAGUUGGCUCUAUAAAACAAAUUGUAGACUUUUAUUAAAAAUGUGAUAUGUAAAAGUGUAUAUUUCACUUAAGAAAAAUAAAAUUUGUAACAAAGAUCUUUUCUACAGCAUUAAUAUAGAAUUAAUACCACGCAUCAUAAAAAUACACACCUUUGCACAAAUAUGUAGCUUGUUUAAUGAUAAGUGAUUAUAUAGGAUUAUUCUUUUUACAAAAGUUACCUUUACAUAAUGCAUUUAAAAGUUUUACCUCAAAUAGAUCAGGGCUGGGCUUUGUUUUUCCAGGUCAAUGCUCUUAACAUGCUCUCAAAAAUAUCAUUACUCAUACCUACGGGUUUGAGUAUUGAGUAUCGAAUUAUAUCUUCCUAGGUUAAAACAAAAAUUAUGAAAAUUAACGGUGGGAUGAAUGACACUAUAAUUGUUAAACAUUGAGUGAGAUUAAAUCUUAUUACAAUAAAUGUGCCACAGCAAGGACACUCAGAAGAAAGACUUACAAAUGUAUACAGUUCAUUGGGACAAAC